UCAUUCAUUUGUCCACUCGUUCAUUCCCCAAAAUGCAUCAGGGCCUGUGGGUGCUGUGGCGCAGCUGAGAACAAGCUCACACUGCCUUCCUCCGCUGUGCAGAGCCACCUGCCAGUGGGGAGGCACGGGCAGUGCACCCAGGGGAAUGAGCCCACAGAGUGCAGGUGAAGCUGGGUACAGGGGGUGGGAGUGCAGCACUGGCGACCUCAGCGAGCCUCCCUCAAUGUGACAUUCUCCCGUGACGGUUAUCUAAAGCCGGCCUGUGCUCUGCAGGCGUCAGUAGAGGCGUUGGUCGCUGUGGCCGAGUGUCAGCCAGGCUGCCCAGCUCUGGUCUUUCCUCCCCUUGGUGCACGAGAGGCCAGGAGGCGCAGGAAGGGUGGUGGCUACUUUGUGUGUCCAUGUGACGGGUCAAACGUGAUUCUGAGUGUUCUGUGAGGUUGUUUGGGAUGACGAGGGAAGCAGACGGCUCUCCCUGGCAAUGGUGGCCUCGCCCAAUCCUCUGGGCAUCCAAAUAGAACAAAAGGCUGAGUGAGGAUGAACUCUGUGCCUGCCUGUCUCGGCUCUGACAUCAGUCUCCUGCCGUUGGACUUGGACACAGCGAGAACUACGCUACCGGUCGCCUGGGUCUUCACUUUGCCGACUGCAGGUCUGGGCUCCUCGGUCUCCAUAACUGCCUGUGCCAACUCACCCGCCUUGACGAGUGACACCCAGCACCGCCCUGGUGCUGGACACAGGACUCGGGCCAACCUCCCCUGUCCAAGUACCACUCCACCUUACGGUGAAACAAUGUACGAGACGUGGUCCAAAGUCCUGAUGCUGGAGAGAACAGAUGUUGUUAUGGCAACAAAACUGACCGCGUGCCUCAUUAACGACUAAGUGGUCACGGACAUACACACGGCUACGUUGUCCUCACGGAAUAACAGGCAGCAGUGCAGCCCGGGCCUGGAAGCCUGGGAUGGCGGCAGAGGCCUGUCUGAAAGCCAGGGCACUGUCCCUGUGACCUCUCCACAUGUGCAGCGUAAGGCAGUGUUUGGAAGACAGAGUUCUACUGCUUUCACCUUCUCAAAACCCCCAAACGUGCUGUCUGGGAGAGGCUCAGACCUGCCCCUGCAUGGCGCUCCCCUCUUCUGGUCAGCUCCCAAGACGAGGCCUCGGGUCAGGCUCCUUAUGAGGAUGCGUCUCUGACUAUUUCUAUUAAUACCUGACGACAGCCACCCUGCUGUCCCCUGAAAAGAAAGACCAUCCUUCCAUUGAGGGCCAGCAACACGAUCCCCCUGCCGCCUCCUCUUCUGACAGAGUUCGUCCCCUCAGUUCCCAGUGCUGCCUCCUGUCGGCCAGGUGGGUGAGGCCGUGUGCUUGGUGACACAAGGGAAGCCCAGGCCAAGUGAGGCAAAGGCUGGACUGGCCAUGUCCACGCGGGGAGCCCUACACGCAGCGCCGGGCCUUCCCCCCACCCUGCCAAGUUCUCCUCAGUUACUGUGGAGCUUUCUCAGCAGUAGGAACUGAGCUGUGGAUUUGAUAAGUCACUGUAAUGCUAGCUUUAUUCAGAGAAGCUGUGUUCUUUCAACAUUUAUAUCCUUUCCAAUUACAGCCAUGUUUUCCUUGUCCUUACAAAAUGUCAGGUUAUUACUUCAAAGGUAACCUCGUUUACAGAGCGGGUGGAACUGGAACGCUGACUAGCGAUGUAGGAAGUACGUGCAAUGGGACAGACUCACGCUCUCUCCGUAGCUGGGAGCAGCCCUGACUCUCAGGGAGCGGACUUGACUAUGUGAUCCAGAAGGUGCUUUAUCUCACAGGCAAAUACUGGCACCUGGCAGGCCCCUGCUGCCCUCCGUGCACUUGGUGGCACCUGUGUGGGGAGGGUCCAGUAGACGAGCUCCCUGGAGCUCUAGGGUCCAACCACAGGCACGUGUGCACAUGGGCCCACGUGUGGGACAGUGUGCAAGCCACUCAGGGCCACGUAUGUAGCCAGCCCCAGAGGCCACGCCCAGGGACGCCUCUGGAAUAGGCGUCGGGCUCCCCGCCCCCACCCCUCUGCAGGAGAGCAAAGCUUCCAGGCUCUUUGCAGCCCAGGCGACUCCCUUGAGCUCCGAGGCCCCUGUGCGUGUGGCGUCUGCCUGACCCAAGAAGCCCAGUGCCUCCUGGAGCCUCGUUUCCUGUCACUGCUGAGCUGUCCCCUGAGGAUGAGCAGGUGGGAAUCGUGCUGCACUACUCCACGCUGUCCACCAUGCUGUGGAUCGCAGUCACUGCCCGGAACAUCUACAAGCAGGUGACCAAGAAGACCCCGCCCUGCCCUGGCGCUGACCAGCAGCCCUACGCCCAGCAGCCCCUGCUCAGGUUCUACCUCAUCAGUGGAGGGGUUCCUUUCAUUAUCUGUGGAGUCACAGCCGCCACGAACAUCAGGAACUAUGGGACAGAAGACGAGGACUCCGCAUACUGCUGGAUGGCCUGGGAGCCCAGCCUGGGAGCGUUCUACGGGCCGGCAGCUUUCAUCGCCCUGGUCACCUGCGUGUACUUCCUGGGCACCCACGUCCAGCUGAGGCGUCACCCAGAGCGCAGGUAUGAGCUCAGGGAGCGGACGGAGGAGCAGCAGCGGCUGGCAGGGCCGGAGGCCGGCCCCAGGGCCCCUCCGGGCAUGCUGCCCAGCUGUGACGCCCUGGCCACCUGUCUGCUGCAGAACGAGCACCCAUUCCAGGCCCAGCUGCGGGCUGCUGCCUUCACACUCUUCCUGUUCACAGCCACGUGGACCUUCGGGGCCCUGGCCGUGUCCCAGGGCCACUUCCUGGACAUGGUCUUCAGCUGCCUGUACGGCGCCUUCUGCGUGACGCUGGGGCUCUUUGUGCUCAUCCAUCACUGUGCCAAGCGUGACGACGUGUGGCACUGCUGGUGGUCCUGCUGCCCUUCCCGCGGGGACGCCCACCCCGCACUCGAUGCCAAUGGGGACGCACUGGGGCCUGCGACCUACCUGCAGGACUCACCGUGUCCUAGCAAGCAGAGGGGCUUUGGCCAACCACCGGCCGGCCACUGCAAGAUGACCAACCUGCAGGCCACCCAGAGCCACGUCAGCUGCCUGUCACCGGCCACGCCCUGCUGCGCCCAAAUGCACUGUGAGCAGCUGGCAGAGGACGCGGCCCACGUCCACAUGCACGAGGAGGACCCCUUUGGGCACGGCCCAGCCCUGCACAGCUGCCUGCAGAGCAGAACUAAGCCUCACCACUUCGGCCUGCUCCGGGCAGCCACGGCCGAGCAGGGGUACGCCUACCACAUCCCGUCCAGCCUGGACGGCAGCCCCCACAGCUCGCGCACGGACAGCCCCACCAGCUCGCUUGAGGGCCCGGCAGGGGUGCACGCGCUGGCCUGCUGCGCCCAGGACGAGCCCUUCCCCUUGGUCAGCCAGCCCGAGCGCGGCAGCGCCAGCCCCACGCUCUACGGCUGCCCUCUGCGGCCCGGCAGGGAGGCGGCCCGCGGCCCUGCCCACUUCGAGAUGGUGCGGAGGACACAGUCCCUGCCCUUCGGCGGCCAGAACGGGCUGCUCAAGGGCGACGUGCGCGAAGCCACGCCUUACGGUGCCGACGGCGCACGCAACAUCCGGACCGGGCCCUGGAAGAACGAGACGACCGUGUAGCCGGCCACCCACCACCUGCCCCUGGACGAGCUUUGGAGCAGAGUGGAGCCCCUCUGCCACGUGAGUUCGGGAGUCACCAAGUGACAGAACCUCUCAGAAGCGGCUGGCACCCCCGCUGACCCCCUUGCUGUGAAGAACUCGGCUGGGACGACAGUUUGGGCCGUAUCACCACCGUUAAUCUCCAGGUCAGACGAGCCGUCCACGUCCGCGGGCGCCACUCUCCACCGUCAGCACCCAGCCCCGGGCAGGGCACGACCGGAGGAGCCACCCUCAGCGCCCGCCCGCGGUGGGCCUGGCCACGCUGGAGGCACCCCCAAUAUUUUGUGUUCACUGUGUGCGUUCAGUUCUGUUUCAAGGGGGGCAGCCUGCCCGUCAGUCCAGUGUGCUGUGGACCAGGGCAGUCACCUCUGGCCACUGUGAUUUCCUGUGUGCGCCUCACGGGAAGGGACCGCUCAGCCCUCGGCCUGGCACCGUCUCCACCUUCAGUCCCUGAUCCCCAGGCCUCAGAGCCUCACAGACGCUGGGGCCACAGCCUGACUGUCGCCUUCAGAGAGCUGGCUGGGGUCUUGCAGGGGGUGCUUUGCAGAUGCCCAGAUGUCCUUUAAUGGAGAUUUGACUUCCAAAGCCAGCCGCUGUCAGGACUGGAUCUCGCCCCAACGAGAUCGGGGGCAUUCGGGGGAAAAGAGGAAGGGCUUGCAUUUCCACGAACAUCUGGGCACAAAGCCCUGACUCAGAGGACAGAGGUGACCCCUCCCACGGGUGGGGGUCACUGGUCCCCAUGGCGGCAGAACCCCGGACACCCAGAGGGAUGUGACGUGCGUGUGAGACCGUGCGUGGCCCUCCCUCCCUCCCACCCUCCCGUCCUCCUCCUGCAGCUGAGACUUGUGCAGACAUGCACGUGCACACAUGUGCAUCACACAUUCUCACCCGCACGUGCACAAUGCAACAGCACACGUGCCCACGUGUGCACACAUGCAGUGACACAUCACCUCCACAUGUGCAUACCUGUGUGUGUGCACGCACAUGCACACAUGCACACACACACGUGGUGACGUCACCACGUCACGUGCACACGGCACAUUAC